AUGCCUAAAACCGCUGAUACAGCGGACCUCACAAGUACCGUUGGUCAGAUAACCAAGAGUACAAAACUAAAUGAAGUUGCUUAUCCUGAUUCAGAAUAUUCUAGAAGAAACCAUUUACCAGUGAAUGAUUUAGCAUACCACAGCAAUGUGGAUCAGGGACCCUUGGGCGUUCCCAAGACUCUUCAAUGGUCUGAGAGAUGUGGUGGUACAGUAGGAGCUAUUCUGACAUGCCCACUGGAAGUUGUGAAGACACGGCUGCAGUCAUCCUCCGUGACUCUGUAUAUCUCUGAAGUUCAGCUGAACACCAUGGCUGGAGCCAGUGUCAACAGAAUAGUGUCUCCUGGACCUCUCCAUUGCCUGAAAAUGAUCUUGGAAAAAGAAGGGCCUCGUUCCUUGUUUAGAGGAUUAGGCCCCAAUUUAGUGGGGGUGGCCCCUUCCAGAGCAAUAUACUUUGCUGCUUAUUCAAACUGCAAGGAAAAGCUGAAUGGUGUAUUUGAUCCCGAUUCUACCCAGGUACACAUGAUUUCAGCUGCAAUGGCAGGUUUUACUGCAAUCACAGCCACCAACCCCAUUUGGCUUAUAAAGACUCGGUUACAGCUUGAUGCAAGGAACCGUGGGGAAAAGCGAAUGGGUGCUGUGGAAUGUGUCCGCAGAGUGUACCAGGCAGACGGACCUAGAGGCUUUUAUAGGGGCAUGUCCGCCUCUUAUGCCGGCAUAUCUGAGACUGUUAUCCAUUUUGUUAUUUAUGAAAGUAUAAAGCAAAAACUACUGGAAUAUAAGACUGCUUCUACGAUGGAAAAUGAUGAAGAGUCUGUUAAAGAAGCAUCAGAUUUCUUGGGCAUGAUGCUAGCUGCUGCCACCUCCAAGACUUGUGCCACUACGAUAGCAUAUCCGCAUGAAGUUAUAAGAACAAGACUACGUGAAGAGGGAACAAAAUAUAGAUCUUUUUUCCAGACACUGUCUUUGGUGGUUCAAGAGGAAGGUUACGGGUCUCUCUACCGUGGUCUAACAACUCACCUGGUGAGGCAGAUUCCAAACACAGCCAUCAUGAUGGCCACCUACGAGCUGGUGGUCUACCUGCUCAGCGGGUAGCAGGCCGCUGCCGGACUGCAGAGCGGGAAGACCAAAGGAUCACAGUGGACCAUGGAACGUGGAAGCCGGCAGGGCGGACAGAAGGAAACUAGCUGGGGAACACUGACCUAUGCCUAUGCGAGAGUCCGGUUGCAGGAACUAAAGCAGCCACAGCAUUAUGUGGUCUUUGAGUAAUGUGAAAAAUCCUUGGCUGCCUACAAGGAAAUGCCUUUAAAAGCACUCCUUUCUCAGAAUUGCCAUUUUCUCUACCGUGUCCACCAGACACAGUUGCAUUUUGUUGAUUUCUGGCAGUCAGAGUAAUGUUUAUUCCGUGAGCACUUUUCCAGCCUUCUAAACAAAGCCAUCCCUAAUUAUAUACUGUAUCAAAACUAUCCAAAGGUAGUAUUAACAGUCAUAAAUUUCUAUCUUCGGGCUUUUAAUUCCUGUAAAGUUGUAAGAUAACAGUAAUAGUGAGAUCUCCAGUGUUAUUGUUCACAUUCCCUGAGAUGACCUGGCACAGUGUUUUAAAUUAAUUAAUUCGGCAACCAAUAAAAUAGUGUCUAAAUCGUGCGUAUUUCUAGCUUAAAAUGUCUUGGUUUCCACUGCAAACAGGUGCUUGAUGUUAACCUACCAAACUCACGUGAUAACAGUUUGGGAUAAAAUGAACUAGUUGGUUUUGGCCAUUUCAGUGACUUGAGCAUGUCCUCAAACCUUACAUAAUUUUAUGGUACAUGAAUGAAUGCCGUUGUAUUUUCAGUGAUUUACUAGUUAUGCAUUUAAAUUACCACCUGUUUAUUAUACUUAGAUGUCAUUUACUUAAAGUGAAAGAAAAUUACCAUUUCUGUGUCUUUCUCUACUUGAUUUCACGUUGAGAAUUUGAAACUUGGAAUUAUUUCCACAUCUGUAUAGAUACAUUUAUUUUGUAGAGAAAAUGGUAAUUUGCGGUUUUGCCCUUGUCAGUUUUUUUUUAAGGUGACAUUAUUCAGGUCAGUAUAAAUAUUAUAGAAGAGGGGGCCCUCUGCUUGAUCUUAAUUGACUUGCGGUUUCGUAAAUAAACAGAUUGCUUUUGACAAGAAGAUUUUUUUUUUUUGUCUUAGUUUCCUGAAUGGUAAAUCACAGAAAGUUCAAGUUAAUUUGGGUUAAUUGUCUUAACAGAAUGUAGCUUUUCAAUUUUGCUGUUGAGUCAAGUGCACCUUUUAAUACUUUAAAUGUAUUCAAUAUUAUGUGUCUGGCCCUUAUAAAGAUGUUUGCUGAACUCCUGUGAAGAGACCCUGCCCACGGAUGUUGCUGUACUGGUGUGUGACACUCGCAGUCAGCCUCCAGUGUGGCGCUCACUCCAGUAUCCCCGAGCAGUACAUCUUGUGCAAUGGCUUUAUCUCAAGAAUAUUUCUUUGUGAAUGCACUUUGAGGCCUUUUUUGGGGGGCUGAGAGUAGGAGAGAAUUCCAUGUUAAGAUUUUUUUUUUUUAAUGUCAGUCAUGUAUUAGGCAGAAACUACUCAUAACAUUUUUCUGGGUUUUUGAGGUAAUUGUUUUGGAAAUCUUUUAUGUAAUAAAUGUUUUAAGUAUCCUGUGUACCCCGUAGUAUUCCUGACAUUUUAGAAAAUCGUCAUUACAUCGUCGUAAGCUUUUUCUGCUGUCACCAAUGAAAGAUAGUGCCCUUUUAAAUUUCCCACCUAACCUUCCUUGUAAUCAGUCAGCAGUAACGGGGUAUUUUCGAGGUGCUCAAUUGGAAUUAAACAUAUUCCAGUCUAUUUGGAUACCAAAGGCAAAUCUGUUUAAUUACCUUUGGAGUUAUUAAUACCUUUGUGGUAAAUUUGAGCUUUGACAUUUAUUGUGAGGAACAAACCAAAACAACAAAAAAGAAAAAACCCUGAGGCUUCUAACCUAACCCUGUAGAGAAUGUGUAAAUCGGCCAUCGCGUUUGCCUUCUCAGGUGCCAUUGACCCUGCCCGGCGCUGCGCCCCUUGCCUUGUGCAGCUCGGUGGACGUAGUCGUGUUGAAUGUAGAGCAGAGACGCCUUCGUCUUGCCGAUCUCAGUACCCACAGAUGAUGGAGAACGAUUUGAAAACCAGCAGCUAAGGAACAUCUUAUUUAGUUGUAGCAAAUUCAUAGCAAGUGUCCUUCAAGGAUGAACAUGUAUUCUACUUCUGUUUAUAUUUAGCAAGGAGAAUUUUUGUUAACCAUUAGUGCAUUAUAUUCAGCUUUUAAAAGUAUUAUGUAUGUACUAGAAAGAAAAGAAAUCUUUAGUCUUAGACUUUGUACAACUGGAAAGGAGCAAUGAAGUUUAUUUUUAAAUUUUCUUUUCUAAAUAAAACCUAGUCUAGUUUACUUAAUAUAUGACAGAGAUGACUCAAACAAGAAAAACUAUGUAAAAGUUGUUUAUAAAGUCUGUCUCCGAAAUAUUUCUUUGAAGGUUUUUAAAACUUGACUCAAAUGUUCAAGAAAAAUGUAUACUCAAAGCAAUGGACUUCUUUAUUUUUAACUGUGUUUUAUUUUCAUGUUUUCUACCAGAUAGCUUUUUAUUUUUCUGAAAAAAAAAUUGUUAACAGUCUUCAGAUUGGCAUGACCUUUUAUUAGAGAAUCUUCUCAGAAAAUGGAGUUGAACUUACGUAUGUGUAAGCAGUAGAAACUGAAAAGGCACACUGUCCGAUCAGCAGAGAGAAGUCUGCCACCCGUGACUCAUGAAGUGGUUUCCUAAAGCUCAGAGUCCAGACCUGAGAAUUGCCAGCCCUGUGAUUGUGCGAUACCAUACAGUGCUUUUCAUUCCAGGGGAGUCAGAACAACUCGCCAGAGCUGUCGUGCCUCUCGUGCAGCUUCGUCGAACCCGUCUCCCUGGACGGAGCACACGCGUAACUGGCUGGUCACUUUGAAACCGCGUUAGAGGGUUGCAGGUUGUUCAGGCCAGCCAUGAGGCCCUGGAGUAGCAUCACUGUACUAGGACCAGCACCGUGUGGGUGGCUAAAAGUAAUGAGCGUUUACUCUCUUCAUUUGAGCAUUUCUAGAUUUGUUUUCAAUCAUUAAAAAUCUCGAUUUGAAUCUGAAGGAUUUAAGUGCUAGAAUAAUCCGUCUAUUCCUUAUUCCAGAAUUUUUCAUGCCUGGCUUUUGUUGUUUACAUGCUCUUCUGCCCAGACUGUUAAUACUGGAGGGACCCCUUUGGGGCUGAUGGCACCGCUCAGCCUUUGUUUCCUCUAAUACUGAUCAUGACUUUAACAUUCCUAAGAAUAGUUAUUUCCAAACGGCUUAACUUGGAAGGGAUUUUAAUAUAAAUAAGAGUAUUAACUUUCUACCCAUUUGGAUCUCUUUUCUCCAUCGUACCCUUGUAUUUCCCAUUACCUGUACAUUGAUUUUUAUGCUACUCCUUUUAGAAAUGGGAAGUUUUAGUUUCACUCAGUUUUUGUGUUAAUAAACUAUUUGAAUGUGUACCCUGUGUAUGUGAAACAAAUUAUGACCUAUCAGUCAUAGCUGUAUGGUCAACUUUCAAAGAAUUAACUUUUGACCAUUCAUGUAAGGUUUGCUAUUGCAUUUAUGUACAUGGCUAUAAAUUAUGUGCAUUUACUCUGUAUUUAUGUUAACUAGCUGACUUUUACUUGAAUUGUUAAGAUUCAGAAAAUUAAAAUAUGCUUAUAAAAA